AUGUCUGAAUCACUCAUUGAACCACAAAAUGUCAUUGAUUUUGUUGUAAACAAAGGCAAUGGAGUGAAGGGUCUUUCUCAAACAAACCUCAAAAGCAUCCCUGAACUGUACAUCAAUCCCCCUGAAGAAAGACUAGACCCAACCCAAGUUGUGACACAAAAAUCCAUACCCACAAUUGAUGUGUCCAAAUGGGAUGACCCAGAAACUGCAGAUUCAAUCUGCAGGGCAGCAGCCCAGUUGGGUUUCUUUCAGAUCAUCAAUCAUGGGAUCCCACUUGAGGUUCUUGAAAAUGUGAAGAAGGCUGCCCAUGAGUUUUUUGAGUUGCCAGUUGAGGAAAGAAGGAAGUAUUUGAAAGAAAAUUCACCCUCUCCUACUGUGGAGUUGAUGACUAGUCACAGUCCUCUGGUUGAUACGGUUUUGGAGUGGAAAGAUUAUCUUAUCCAUUAUUGUGAUGGUCAAGAAAUUGAGGGCUCCAAAUUCUGGCCUCAUGUAUCCAGAGAUCAAGUUUUGGAGUACUUAAAGUGGACAAAACCUAUUAUUAGAAAGCUACUCAAUGUGUUACUCAAGGGACUUAACACAGACGAAAUUAAUGAGGCAAACGAAUCUAUCCUAAUGGGUAAACUGGUUGUUGACUUCAUCUAUUACCCUGUGUGCCCCGACCCAGAUCUUGCAGCAGGAGUAGGCCGCCACUCUGAUGUAUCAUUGAUUACUGUCCUCCUUCAGGAUGAUGUGGGCGGCCUUUAUGUCCGAGAACCUGAAGGGAAUGGCUGGAUCCAUGUAACACCAGUUCAAGGGGCACUUGUUAUAAACAUAGGGGAUGUAUUGCAGAUUAUGAGCAAUGACAAAUACAAGAGCAUUGAGCAUAGGGUCACUGUCAAUGGAACCAAGAACAGAGUUUCAGUGCCUAUAUUUGUUAACCCUGUACCUAAUGCAGUUAUUGGUCCUGUGCCAGAAGUUCUUGAGGGUGGUGUCAAACCAAUAUAUAAGCAAGUUGUCUACUCAGAUUACUUCAACUAUUUUUUCAGUAAAGGCCAUGAUGGUAAGGAGACAAUUGAGUAUGCAAAAAUAUGA